AUGUGGAACUCUCCCAAGGUCGGGAUUCUUGGUGGUGGCCAGUUGGGCCGCAUGCUUGUCGAGUCCGCCAAUCGCAUGAACAUCCAAGCCAAUGUCCUCGACGCUGAAAACUCCCCGGCCAAGCAGAUCAGUUUCCACGAUGGCCAUGUAACAGGCUCCUUCAAGGAGCGUGAGGCUGUACGCCAAUUGGCCAAGACAUGUGACGUGAUCACCGCUGAAAUAGAGCACGUCGACACCUAUGCUCUCGAGGAGGUUGCCUCUGAAGUCCGUGUCGAGCCCAGCUGGAAGGCUAUUCGGCUCAUCCAGAACAAGUUCAACCAGAAGGAGCACCUUCGCAAAUACGGAAUCCCAAUGGCCGACCACCGGGAAUUGGUCCAAAAUACACCAGAGGAAUUGGCACAGGUCGGUGAGCAGUUGGGCUACCCGCUGAUGUUGAAGUCAAAGACAAUGGCAUACGAUGGCCGAGGAAACUUCCGUGUGAACUCUAAAGCAGACAUUCCCGAGGCACUGGAGGCUCUCAAGGACCGCCCACUCUAUGCGGAGAAGUGGGCCUACUUCAAGAUGGAGCUCGCUGUCAUGGUUAUCAAGACCAAAGACGAAGUGCUUUCAUACCCCACCGUGGAGACUGUUCAGGAAGACUCCGUAUGCAAGCUUGUGUACGCACCGGCCCGGAAUGUGUCCAACAAAAUCAAUGAAGAGGCUCAAGCCCUAGCAAGGAAAGCUGUUGCCGCCUUCGAGGGCAAGGGUGCCUUUGGUGUCGAGAUGUUCCUGCUCGAGGACAACAGCCUCAUGCUGUGCGAGAUUGCCAGUCGCAUCCACAACUCCGGCCACUACACCAUCGAGGGCUGUGGCUUGUCGCAGUUUGACAGCCAUAUCCGCGCCAUCCUAGAUCUUCCCAUCCCAGCCAAGAGUCUCGAGAUCCGCCAGCCCUCCAUCAUGCUCAACAUCAUCGGUGGUGCUACUCCCGACUCCCACCUGAAGGCCACCGAGGCGGCUCUGUCCAUCCCCAACGCCAGCAUCCAUCUAUACAGCAAGGGAGAUGCCAGACCUGGCCGUAAGAUGGGCCACAUUACAGUCACCGCUGCGACUAUGCACGAGGCUGAGACUAUCAUCCAACCGUUGGUCGACGUCGUCGACAAGAUGCGCGCCCAGCGCAGCGACAUCAAGACACAAGCAUCCAAGUCCGGACCGUCUAAACCCGCACCUUUGGUGGCGGUCGUCAUGGGCUCGGACAGUGACCUCAAGACUCUGGUUCCUGGCCUCAAGCUACUAGAGAACUACUUUGGUAUUCAGCCUGCUGUCGAGAUUACUUCCGCCCACCGCACCCCCGACUACAUGGCCGAGUAUGCUGCUGAAGCUGCCUCCCGCGGCAUCAAGGUCAUCAUCGCCGCAGCUGGAGGUGCUGCUCAUCUUCCCGGCAUGGCAGCCGCUCACACCGCUCUCCCCGUCAUUGGAGUCCCCGUAAAGGGAAGCUCACUCGAUGGCGUGGACAGUUUGUACAGCAUUGUUCAAAUGCCCCGUGGUGUCCCCGUUGCAACCGUGGGUAUCAACAACAGCAUCAACGCCGCUCUGCUCGCCGCACGCAUCCUGGGCUCUUUCGACCCUACCAUCCAGCGCAAGGUUGAAGCCUAUGCUGAGGAAGCCCGUGCUGAAAACAUGGAGACGAAGGGCACCAAGUUGAAAGAACUCGGCUGGGAGAAGUAUUUCGAGCAGAUGUAA